AAACAGCCCGCGUGCAGUGCAGAAACCACAAGCAGGAGGACUCCGAAGCCGGGAGUAAAAGUACCAACACAGAUAGGAGCAGAAGACGAAAGAAAGACCGAGAGAGAAUCGGACAACAUAGAGAGAGAGAGAGAGAGAGAGAAAGAGAAAGACAGAACAGAGAAACGUCUCGGUUUGGCUGCUUCUGCUGGAGCUCCGUCGCUUUGCUGCUGUCCGCUCAGCCCGCUCGAGCGGAGGGAGUAGCAGCGAGAGAAGUUGGUAGUAAACUCUCUGGAGUUUGGUCAGAGUCGCUAUUCAGCUCCGCUUGUGGAACACGGACUGCACUGAGACCUGGAGGUCAGUCUGAACUUUUACCAGCCCCGCUUUUGGACUCUCGUCGCGAGCCCCGUCUUCUCCGGUUCUCCACGCGCUGCUCUUCAGCUCCGCACCGAGCGAGCAGGAGAAGGAGGCGAGGGGAAGGCUUCCGGCACGCACGAGACGAGCACACGGAUGGAGAGAACUUUUGAAAGAAGCGAACAGUUUUAAAGAUCUGCUACAGACAGAUAUGACCCAAUUAUUCUAGUGAAGUCUUCAACCCUCCAUCCAAACCAACUUAGUGCACAGUAACAAACAACCGAACCAAGAAAACCUACAAGAUAAAACCUUAAGCAAGAACAAUCCUUCAAACAGUCAAGAGAGCAGAAGAGGUCUAGAUCAACUCUGUUCAUCCAUCCAUCCUCAAAAAGUGAGAAGAUGGAGUGGAGACCCCUCUCGUUCACCGGCCUCUCUCUGGCCCUGUGUGUGUGCGUUUUUCUCGGCCUGACCUACGCUACGCCUUCCGGACCUGCCUCAGCCACCUGUGCCACCCUGGAACAGAGUCGCUUCUUCGGAUUGUUCUCCUCUAAAACCGCCCUUCCAUCGGCCCCCUGCUCCUGGACCCUGCAGAACCCAGAUCCCCGCCGCUACACUGUCUACAUGAAGAUCACCAAGCCCACUGAGUCCUGCAUCCCACGCCAGAUCAAGACCUUCCAGUUUGACUCCUUCCUGGAGACCUCACGCACCUACCUGGGCAUGGAGAGCUUUGAUGAGGUAGUGCGGCUGUGUGAUGCCUCCUCCUCUGUGGCCUACCUGGAGUCCAGCAAGCAGUUCCUGCAGGUUAGGAAGGUGGUUCCCCGCAUUGGCACAGAGAUGAUGGUGGAAGAGGAAGGUACAGAUGAUGAAGGAAGACAGUUCAGUGCAGAGUUCUUGGUUGUUGGCAAGAGGAACCCUAGCGUACCCGCCUGUGAGAUGCUCUGCAAGUGGCUGGAAGACUGUCUUGCAACUAGUACCCAUGGCAAUCCCUGCGGUAUCAUGGCAACUCCUUGCCAGUGCUGGGAACCACCCAAGAGGAGGCCAGGUGGCUGUUACAGGGGCGGAGUCUACAUGGACAAGUGCACACCAACCAUCAGAGACAGCAACAGGGAUGCCGAGAUCAUGAAGGGCUGGUCUAGUUGGGGCCGCUGGUCUGAGUGCAGCAGCGAGUGCGGGGGUGGAAUCCAGGUCCGCAGCAGGGCAUGUCAACCCGAGAAUGGCAUCUGCGAGGGUGUGGUCGAGGAAGGACGGUCCUGUAACCCCCAGCCCUGCAUUGGUAAAGUGCGUCAGCGUAGCCAGGCUCUACGUUCCAUCAUUGGCCAGAGGAGAGACAAUGGAGAGGAGACCAGCCUUCUGCAGGCACCUCAACCAGAUGCAAAUCAGGAUCAGUGGUCUUCAUGGAGUGCCUGUUCGGUAACCUGUGGAGAGGGCUGGCAGAGUAGAACACGUAACUGCAUGACUUCUGCGCAUAGCACUCUAUGUACCGGACCCUUAAGGGAGAACAGACCCUGCAACAACUCCAUUGCGUGCCCAGUGAACGGAGCCUGGGAUGAGUGGGCACCUUGGAGUUUGUGUUCGUCUACCUGCGGACGUGGCUACCGUGAUCGUGUCCGCGUCUGCAAGCCACCCAAUAACGGAGGAGAACCCUGCAGGGGCCCCACCAAACAAACCAAGUUCUGCAACAUCGCUGUGUGUCCCGUCGAUGGUUCCUGGAACGAAUGGUCAGCUUGGAGUGCUUGCUCUGCCUCUUGCUCCAAUGGGACAAGGCAGCGCACACGAGAGUGUAAUGGCCCAUCCUAUGGUGGCUCGGAGUGCAGGGGAGAUUGGCGCGAGAUUAACAACUGCUUUCUCAGAGACUGCCCAGUGGACGGGAGAUGGCUCUCCUGGAGCUCUUGGGGCAGCUGCAGCAAGACAUGUGGAGGAGGCAGCCAACAGAGGCAAAGAGUGUGUGAAGGUCCAUUCUUUGGCGGAGAACCUUGUGUCGGUGACAAAUCUGAACUUAGACGCUGCAAUGAGAAGAGAUGCCCUGAACCCCAUGAGAUCUGUGUUGAAGAAAACUAUGGCAGUGUGGUGUGGAAGAGAACUCCAGCGGGAGACACUGCUGCUAUUCCCUGCCCCUCUGAUGCCACAGGCAUGGUCAUUCGCCGUUGCACCCUGGAUGCUGUAGGCUUGGCCUUCUGGGAGAACCCCACCUACAUCAAAUGCAUCUCUAAGGAGUACCAGGACAUCCAGGCACUGGCUCGUGAACACUUCUCUAAGUCACAGAAAGGUUUGUUAGUGGAUGGUGUGUCUGAGAUGCUGUCCAGACUGAGGAUGACUUCAGAUGAUGGGACAAAAUACAGUGGCGACCUGCUGGCUGUCAUGGAGGUGCUGAGGAACACUACGGAAAUCUUCAGAGGAUCUGGUUACAGCCUCAGUAAUGCUGAUGUAGAGAACUAUGCCCAGACAAUCAGCAAUUUACUGAAGGAGGAACACCAUGGCAAAUGGGAAGAGGCACAGCUGAUGGGGGGAAGCAUCAAGGAAUUCUUCAGUCUGAUUGAAGACUUCAUUGACAUGAUCGGCAAGCAGAUGAGAGAUUUCCAAGACAUUUAUGAAGUGACUGAGAACCUUGAGCUGAGCAUCCAGAAGCGCCCCAAAACUAUGACUUCAGAUGUGACCUUUCCGAUGAAGGGGUGGAGAGGCAUGAUGGAAUGGGUGCGCAAUUCCGAAGAGAAAAUCGUAGUGUCCCGCAAUGCCCUGAGCUUGGAUGUUCCAGGCGCUGAAGACAGCACAGGCUUUGUGACUGGCAUUGUUUUGUACAGAAACCUGGGCCCUAUCCUGUCUCUACAGAGCAACAGCACCUUAUUGAACUCUAAGAUUGUGACAGUAACUGUGAAGCCCAACCCUGGUUUCCUCUCUGCACCUGUAGAGAUUGAGUUCCCUCACUUGAACAAUGGCACCAUCAAUGAGACAUGCAUUGCCUGGGAUGAGAGUGAAACUGCUUCUCUGCUGGGCUCGUGGUCCGCGCGCGGCUGCAGAGCGCUCGCGCUCGACUCCAAAACCAAAUGUGUCUGUGACUCUCUCUCCACCUUCGCCAUUUUAGCGCGGCCGAACCCCGACUCGAACAUGGAUAAGAACCUGUUGCCGUCGGUUACAAUGAUAGUGGGAUGCGGAGUGUCAUCCCUCACUCUGCUGCUGCUCAUUAUCAUCUAUGUCUCUGUUUGGAAGUACAUCCGUUCAGAGCGCUCGGUCAUCCUCAUCAACUUCUGCUUGUCAAUCAUCUGCUCCAAUGCGCUCAUUCUGAUUGGUCAGACGCAGGCUCGCAACAAGGUGAUGUGCACCCUGGUGGCAGCCUUCCUGCAUUUCUUCUUCCUGUCCUCCUUCUGCUGGGUUCUGACAGAGGCAUGGCAAUCCUACAUGGCUGUCACAGGCCGCCUGCGUAACCGGAUUAUCCGCAAGCGCUUCCUGUGCCUGGGCUGGGGGCUGCCUGCCCUGGUGGUGGCUGUUUCUGUAGGAUUCACUAAAGCCAAGGGAUACGGCACAGUCAACUACUGCUGGCUAUCUCUUGAAGGAGGACUUCUCUACUCGUUUGUUGGCCCUGCAGCUGCUGUUGUCCUGGUGAACAUGGUGAUUGGUAUUCUGGUCUUUAACAAGCUGGUGUCUAAGGAUGGGAUCACAGAUGUGAAGCUGAAGGAGAGAGCAGGUGCGUCUCUGUGGAGUUCAUGCGUAGUGCUCCCCCUGCUGGCCCUGACAUGGAUGUCAGCAGUGCUGGCCAUCACAGACCGGCGUUCGGCUCUCUUCCAGAUCCUUUUUGCCGUCUUCGACUCGCUUGAGGGCUUCAUCAUCGUCAUGGUUCAUUGCAUCCUGCGCAGAGAGGUUCAGGAAGCUGUGAAGUGUCGUGUAGUCGACCGCAAGGACGAUGGGAAUGGAGACUCUGGGAGCUCGCUACAGAACGGCCACACGCAGCGCUUGGGUGACUUCGAAAAAGAUGCUGACUCCAACAGACCAGGUGGCAUGAAGAGCUCUUCAGAGGAGAAGAUGCCUCCUCCCCAGCUGCCGCUGCCCAUGGGUCCUAACUUCCACACCCUUCCCUCCAACCCCAGUGCUAAAGCACACAUGCAGGCCAUGCCCGAGUAUUCAAGCCACACGCUGACCCUGCGGAGGGAGAAGGGCCGUGGCGUUGACCCGACCUGCGGAAAGCCCGUCUACGUGUGCGACAGCGACAUCUUCAAGCAGAUGGAUGUGGACCUAGCACGAAGCCAGGCAGAGGGCAAUGGCGUGGACGCCGGCGGCUACGUGCUAAUGCCCAACACCACGUCGACUCUGCGCUCCAAGCCCAAAGAGGAGCCGUCCUCCACCACCAAGUACAACAUCAGCGUGGAGCAACUGCCCCAGGCCCGCCUCAUGCACAUCAGCGGUGGCUUUGCCGAGCCGCAGGCCGCUUAUGCUAGCAGGACUCUCCCGGCUGACCGCCUUAGUGUUUCGUACUCGGAGGAGCGUGACUCACCCGUCCAGAACCUGCACAACAUCUCCAGCGAGAGCCACGUAACCAGCAGCCUGGGAGACACCUUCGACUCUAUGAACUCCAUGAUGUCUAAGAGCGAGACCAUCUCCACACUGUCCAUGAGCUCACUGGAAGUUAGUGAGGGGAGGCAGAAAUCUCGUUAUGCUGAGCUAGACUUUGAGAAGAUCAUGCAUACACGGAAGCGCCAUCAGAACAUGUUCCAAGACCUCAACAGGAAAUUACAUCAUGCUGAGAAGGACAGAGAGUCACCUGCUUCCGACAGCAAGUCUGUGAGGUGGAGCGUGUCUUCUGCAGGAAGCGACAAAACCAGCCACAGCGACAAGCAGCAGGCUCCAGGAGAGCGAUCGUGGGAGAGCAUGCCACGGUCGCAGACGUCCCCACCAGCAUGGGUACGAAAAGACCUUGAGCCUCUGCAGGCAUCCCCCCUGGAGCUGCCCACCGUGGAGUGGGAGAAGGCCGGCACCACCAUCCCUCUGGUGGGCCAGGACAUCAUCGACCUGCAGACGGAGGUGUGAAGGCCUUGCAAACCCCUGUACCCUGGCUCCUUUUGGUUUGGGAAAGAAAGAAAUAUGGCGGAAUCUGUAGGGAAUUGGGAAAGCGGAGGAAGAAGGAAAGAGUUUAAGGAUGAAGGAGAGAGAGAAAGAAGAGAACCAAAAACCAUCUCCUGACAUCCAAAGAGUUAAGGAGGGAGAGGAAUAGAGAGAGAGAGAGAGAGAAAGCAAGAAAGAAAGGUGAAAGCAUGUAGUCUGUAUCUCUGUACCCUCAAGCAUCACUGGUAGUUCUCAGGCAGUAGCGUUGAUGUUAAUGCUAAAAGAAGAGGGAGAUUGGAUUGAUUGGAUUUGGUUCUCCUCUGGGCACAAAGAGGUUCUCGUUGUUCCGCCGAGAGCUUCUCCCAUUACUCUUCCGUCUGGUCCAGGAGAGGUGUGGUCUUCAUGCCUGUGCCUUUUCAGUUAUUCCUUCGACUUCAGCGUGGAAAGGGGCGGGGCCUCCAGCCGGAGGGCCGUCCAGUCACUCAGCCGCUUGAGCUCGGCCUCUUCGGGCCUCUUCCAGCACCUCUCUGCUAGCCAGGAGAGAAAGACAAACGCCGAGUGACCUCCCAGCAGCCUCUGGGGUAUUUUUCACCCUGCGGUGGAUGGACGCAUGUUGCGAAAUGUUUACGCUGUGGUUGUCGUUUUUAUCGCUUUGUGUAGAGCUGCUUCUACAGAGCUUAUUAUGGACUCUUCCACUGAACUCUGUUAAGAGUUUCUCAGCAUAGCUUUUCCUGGACUCAGCAAGGCUUGAAUAGGACUAUAAGAGCUGAACAUUUAUUUUUAUUCUUACAGUUAUCAUUGAUGUUAUAUGUGUUCUUGUUAUCAGUAUGAAUAUUGUUACGAAUAUGUUGUCAUGAUAUUAUUUAAAAUUUUGAGAUUAAGUUUUUCCUUUUGUUGCAUUUAUGUUGCUCAUUUAUCCUUGUUUGUUAUUACCAUCUGGGAAGUUUCGUUUUUAAGUCCAGUAUGAAAACAUAUCAUGGAAUUCCCAAAACAUCAUCAACACGAUGAGAGAGCGCAGAGGAGAGGAAGUGGAGGUGUGGCUUCACAGAGACACUUAAACUCAUACCCCACUUGCAUGACAUCACAGCCGCGUCUGGAGCAACCCUAGUGCAUCUAGGUACCAAAGGCUGGACGCCAGUGACUGUGUUGCAGUGGACACGUUGAGGAUCAAACACCAUCCUCUGCUGAAGGCCCCAUUGGAUUAUAUCACUUUUUGUGUUACCUCCAUUUCUGCUACUUCAGCUCUUUCUACAGCCUUGCGAGCUUAUC